AUGAAGCUUUCAAAACUAUUACAACUAGCAGUUUUUUCAAGUUUGGUCACUUCGAAAAACAUUUUUGAUUUAGAAUCUUUGAAGCAAGGUUUACAAGACGAAGAAACAGUAAACAACGAUAAACGGGAGCCAGUUAACCUACUUUAUUUAGAUAGAUUCAAAAUGGGGGUUUCAGAUGAGGCAAAAGGCAAUGCAAAAUUUAAAAGAGAUCCAAAGAACGUUAUUGAUCCAGCUAGCUUAAAAGAAGGUUCAGCAGAAGAAGAACAAAAAGAUAAGAGGGAACCAAAAAAUUUAUUCAACUUGCAAGCUUUGCAUGAAGGUUUAAAAGAUGAGGAAACUAAGAGCAAGAGAGAGGCUAAAAACUUACCAAAUUUGGAAGCAUUAGAAGAGGCCUUGAAAGGUGGAAGUUUACCUAAAAAAGAUGCAAAGAAUUUAAUCGAUUUAGUAGCUUUGAAGCAAAGUUUAGAAAAGGAAGCUGCUAAAAGAGAUGCUAAAAAUAUACCAGACUUGGAAGCUUUAAAGACAGGUAUUGAAGAGGAAGAAGGGCAAGUAGCCAAGAGGGAUGCUAAAAACGUUAUUAAUUUGAGUAACUUCAUUGAAACCCCAUCUAAAAGAGAGGGUAAGAACUUGUUUGAUUUGACCAAAUUUCAACAAUCGGGACAACCAAUAAAGAAAAGAGACCAAAAAAUAUUGAAACAAGAGAAGUCAUUAUUUGUUUUGAAUUCGGUUGACUGUUUUAACAAUCUUUUACAAUCGAUUUUGCCACAAUUAUCAUCCAUCUCGAUUUUUUCAAGUUACAUUCGCCAGUUUGCAAGCAUUGAUGCAAGAACUGCCAACCCUCAAAAAGUAAUGUUAAUUGUUGCCCCUGAUAAUGAUUCUUUGGAAACCAAGUUAUCUGAUUUAAAACCAUGGGAGUUCCCAGAGCAGAUCACUCCCGAACAAUCCGAACAAGAACAGGAUAAAACGUUAAAAAAUAAUUUAUUACAUUUUUUGAAUGGUCAUUUGAUCAAUAACUUUGAAGAAAAUCUUGUUAUUGAUAAAAGUUCAACUGACGCAGUCACAAUUAUUUCUAAGCUAAAUAACGGGAAAUUUUUAAAAAUUAAACAGGACCAAUUAAGUCAGAAGUUUUCUAUUCGUUUGCUUGAUAGUGAAAAUUGGAUUGACGUUGAAACUAUCAAACAAGUAGAAAAUGGAUUUGUGUUAAUAAUAAACGAUUCCUUGGUCAAACCUUGA